UUAGCCAUAACAGUCCAAUUGCCGAAAAGCAAUCACCAAGAUUGAAAAUUGAGGUGUAUUUGUUAUGGGAAGAUGCAAGUGAUUUGAUUCAAGCAACCCAUGGCAACAUAUUCAAGUUUUGCAGCUAGGAAAUCCCCUGAGAAUUCAUAUCAAUCAUCUGAAAGAGGCAUCGAGGCUGUCGGUCCGCAAAAGCUACCUUCUUCAAAGUUCAAGGGAGUUGUAUCCCAGCCUAAUGGCAGAUGGGGAGCACAAAUAUACGAGAAGCAUCAACGGGUGUGGUUGGGAACCUUCAAUGAGGAAGAAGAAGCUGCUAAGGCUUAUGACAUCGCUGCAUUAAGGUUCCGUGGCCAGAAUGCUUUCACAAACUUCAAGCCUUCCGUACAUACCGAUGAAGAUGACUUCGAACAAUAUUUCUUGGCUUCUCAUUCCAAAGAAGAGAUUGUGGAUAUGAUAAGGAAACGCACAUAUACAAAUGAGCUUGAGCAUUGCAAGUAUAAUUAUGCAUGUCAUGACACUUGGAAGAGAAUUAAAGGAAACGGGUUUUCAAGUUUACCCGGAUUUGACCCAUUCGAGGGUGCUCGCGAAUACCUUUUCGAAAAGGUUGCUACGCCAAGUGAUGUAGGGAAACUUAACAGAAUCGUGAUACCAAAACAACAUGCCGACAAGUAUUUUCCUAUGCAGGGUGGGAUUGUUUCCAAGGGUGUUUUAUUGAAUUUUGAGGAUAACAUGGGAAAAGUAUGGAGGUUUAGGUAUUGUUAUUGGACGAGCAGUCAGAGUUAUGUCCUAACAAAAGGUUGGACAAGAUUCGUGAAGGAAAAGAAGUUGAAAGCAGGAGAUGCGGUAAGUUUUUGGCGAUCCUUGGGGCCGAAUACAAAGUUGUUCAUAGGCCACAAGGCAGGAAACGUAUCAAAUUUAGAGGAGCUGCCAAACAGGGUAGUCCCCGGGGAAAACAGUGGGGUGGUUAGGUUAUUCGGUGUUAACAUCUUAGAGACAAAUAUGGCCGUUGUAAAUCAUAAGAGCAAGAACAAAGAAAAGAGCUUAGAAUAGUCAUGCAACAG